UGAAAACUUCCGGAAGAAUAUUGCGCAUUCCGGAGAAUGAAUGCACAUAAAGAAAGUGAUAAGAUUUCUAGAAAAAGAAAGCAAAGUCACAAGACGAAAAACAUCAAAUCUGAGAAGAAGGACCAUUCAAAAUAUGUUUGUAUUGGGAACAGAUUUAAUCCCAUCUACUCAAGCCUGGGAACACAUGUUUAAACGGAUGGUGAUGAUGAUGGGUGCUGCCGAGGGUGUGCUGGAUCCGCUGGAACUCCCGGGAGCACAGACGCUGGCGGAUGUCAACAAUGGCAUCCAGCUCCGUGAUGACAAAUGCUUGUUGUACGACAAACUAUUUGGCCUAGAUUUGAAAGAUUCAAAGGGUGACCUCGCCACCAUCAGGUCUGAGACAGGAUAACUGACAGAUCAGCAGACAAAGCUAACAACCUGUUAGCCUGGCAGCUGUAUCACCAAGAUACUGAUGAGAUGAUGAACUAACCCCAUCAAAGGAAUUGUUGCAAAGUAUAACAUCCUACGAUAUAACAAACUUCAUUAAUUUAUGUACAUUUUGUGUACAAUGUCCACAUGUAUACCUAAUUAGAUAUUCUAUGACCUCAAUUGUUGUUCAGUAUUUAAACAGUAAACUGGUAUUGUUGUUUU